AUGAGUGACAGUAGCAAAGAAUUAACACACCCUCUUGUUGUGGAUGGGUGGUUUCGGGAAGUGAGCGAGGAGUAUUUCCCCGGACAGGCUUUCAUGCUCAAGGUGGAAAAGAUUCUUCAUGCAGAAAAAUCGCAGUUUCAAGACAUCCUAGUGUUCCAAUCGACUGAUUUCGGAAACGUGUUGGUAUUGGACGGGAUUAUUCAGGUAACCGAACGGGAUGAGUUUGCGUACCAAGAAAUGAUCACCCAUGUUCCGUUAUUUGGACAUCCUAACCCGAAAAAAGUUUUGGUUAUUGGAGGGGGAGAUGGAGGAGUUCUACGGGAGGUGGUCAAGCACGAAUGCGUUGAGAGUGCAACAUUGGUGGAGAUAGACGACAUGGUGAUCAAGUUAUCAAAAAAGUACUUACCAAACAUGGCGAAGUCGUACACACAUGAAAAGGUCCAGGUUUUCCUACAGGAUGGGUUCAAGUUCUUGAAAGAUUGCGAGUCCCGCUUGGACCAGGAUAAGUUCGACGUGAUCAUCACUGACUCUUCAGAUCCUGACGGGCCGGCUGAGGCGUUCUUCCAGCAGGCGUACUUCAAGUUGUUGUUCAAUGCGUUGAACAAGGACGGGAUUGUCAUAUCGAUGGCGUCUGAAAACAUAUGGUUGAACAUCAACAACUUGAAGAAGUUGAAGGACGUGUGUCACACCGUCUUCCCCGUUGUCAAGACGUGCUACUGCACCAUGCCCACGUACACCUCGGGCCAGAUCUCGUUGAUGUGCUGCGGAAAAAAUGCAGAUAUAGACGUGGCCAAGCCUUCUAGGAAGCUACCUGCAGAGAAAGAACGUGAGUUGUUCAAAUACUACAACAGCGAAAUUCACUCUGCCAGUUUCGUCUUGCCGACAUGGGCGGCCCAGGUACUCGACAACAACAGCUGA